UCUACUGUAACAGACACAGGAAUUUUUUUAUUGCGCCCUCUGGCACGGAAAGCCCUUGUUUUGCUCCGGUCCUGUGAUUAAUCUGUUCUUCUCAUGAUUCAUUAUGAUUAUUUCGUCAGCCAUAAUAUUGGCUGUAACUGAUGUGUCCUCCCGCCCAAACAGUCCCCACCACUCCUCUGAGAGAACUCACUGAUGUGUCACUUGUAUUGCACAGUCAAGAAAUCCAGCACAAGAGAUGUAUGAAACAGAUAGAGAAGCAAACAAUAACAUUUAUGAAGAGAAACAGCAACGAGAAAUGUAUAUUCAAACACAGGGGUGGAGACUGUUGAUCACGCCGUUGUGACACUGCCAAUCAUCAACUAAUGCCCAACACCUGUCCAAUGUUCUGGCAUGGUUGUGGGCUUGAUCACAAGACCUUCUGUCAUAUUCGAGUCUGCGUCUCUUGGAGGAUUUUUUUCCACCAACAAUUCUAAAAUGGGCUUCUUAAGUGCUGUGCUGCUGGUGUCUUUGUUAAGCUGGAACGCCCAAUGUUUUCCUCUUCAAGAAAGCUCUCAUGGGAACGGCGUGUCCAACGGCAAAUCUCAUCAGCAACUUCACUACGGUAGCUCUCAUACUGGCCCCUUUCAAUACUCAAGUGUUCCGAUCAAGGAGACAGAGCAGUACUUGAGCUCUGAAGCCCACUACAGUCCAACUCAAAUGUCCUCCACUGGAGGUGCUUGGUUUUCUCCUGAUGACUCCACCUCUACAUUGAGCUCACCUCCCAAAUAUGAUGCUGGAAUUCUGCCUCCAGUCUACCUGCCAGGGGAGAUCCUACACUACAAAGAGGUGUCUGAUCACGGUAAUGCAGACAGAGAAACGGAGGAGCACAUCACGGUGCCACCUCCCUAUGAACAGCAGCGAUAUCAGGCUGGUGAUUUGAUCCAUUAUCUGUCCAUCAGUGAAGAUGGAAGCCAUGAGAUGGAAACUGAAGAUGUCCCACGUCUUCCUUACGCACUGCUUCAGCCAGUUAGGGCAUCACAUAAUAGCCUCCGGAAUGAGAACCUGGACUCCCCAGUGCUGGAUGCCUACUCCUUUUAUCGGACAGGCCAGGUUCCUCCUGGAAUAUUGUCCAAGUUUCACUCUAUGUAUGAGACCGGUGGAGAUGACUGGGAUGAAGUUCAUUAUGAAAGACCCAGCUCUCCAUACGAUCCUCAGAAGUACUUCAAUUGGCUCUGGCGGUGAUGGGGUUUGUCGAUUUUUUCUUCAGAAAUUGUCAAUAAAAUGUUUGGCAACAAAACUGCUUCACGU